CAUAAUGCUGAUACAUUGUACCCCUUUCAUUUUCCCGGAAAAUGAAGGUACAUUUAUUUUUUCUCCAAACGGUACAAAAUUUUGGACCUGUGAUUUAGGAACUAUAAAACACAUGGUUUUCCCCCCACAUCUUAAGCAUUGAAACCGAAUUCUCAGUUCUCACAUAACAAAUAUACUCAUCAAGAGGAUGGCAAUGCUUGUUUCAAGCUGGUCUAAAGAUGUCUAUUCAUUGCCUGAAACUUAUGUCUUUCCACCGGAUCAAAGGGCUGGUGACCUCAUUCCUCUGGCAUGCAACAACCCAAUAAUUGACCUCAACAAGGCUGUCGAUAAUCACGGCCGCUCUGAAACGAUUCAGCAAAUUUUGAAAGCUGGCCGAGAAUUCGGGUUUUUUCAGGUGAUCAACCAUGGAACUUCGCAGACUUUAAUGAAUGAAGCGAUGGAGGUUCUCAAGGAGUUCUUUGACAUGCCUGCUGAGGUCAAGGAACGCGUGUUCAAAGUAGACUCGAGCAAAAAAUGCCGGCUCUACACGAGCACUUUGAAUUAUGACACCGAAGAGGUCCAUUUCUGGAGAGACAAUUUGACUCACCCUUGUCAUCCUUUAGAGGAUUGCCUUCAACUUUGGCCUGAAAAUCCCCCUAGAUACCGGGAAGUUUUGGGAAAGUAUUCAGUUGAGGUGAGCAAAUUGGUAUUGAGGAUUUUGGACCUGAUUUGUGAAGGACUAGGACUAGAAAAUGGGUACUUUGCAGAUGAGCUGAGCCAAGUUCAGUUACUGUCAGUUAAUCAGUACCCACGAUGCCCUGAUCCUAGUUUAGCCAUGGGAAUGCACAGACACUGCGAUCCCAACGUUGUCACCAUUCUAAAACAAGGCGACAUAGAUGGGCUUCAAGUCUUCAAGGAUGGCCAGUGGAUCAGUGUCGAGCCUCUUCCUAACGCCUUUGUCGUCAUCAUAGGCUGCCAAUUACAGAUUAUCAGUAACGACAAGCUGAAAAGUGCUGAACAUCGAGUGGUGACAAAUUCAGAAGUGGAUCGGACCACGAUUGGCUACUUUAUUAUUCCUUCAUAUGAAUGCUUCGUAGAGCCAGCGAAAAAUUUGAUUGAUGAUUGCAAUCCACCAAUCUAUAAAGCCUCCCAAUACAAAGAGUUUCUUGGGACCUAUGCAGAGAAAAUUGGUGCAUAUGAAGCUGUAAUGGAGUGUUAUAAGCUCCAAUAAGCUAGUAAGUAAUGCUGUGUAAGAUCAUAGAAAGUGCUGUGGAAUUGCAGUGUACAAAUCUUUCAGUGCCUUGUAAUAUAUGGAGCUAAAAAUGUAUUUUUAGUGUUUCUCA